GCGUGGUAUGGCGCUCGCUCUGGUGUGUGUCGCUCUUCGCUUCCCUCCCUCCCUUUCUAGGUCCUUCCGCUGGGUGCCCGCUCUUGGCAGCGGAAGUGAAUUUGGGUGUUUUGUGUGUGUGUAAGAGAGAGGGAAGUGUGUGUGUCUGCGUCUGCCUGCGAGAAAGCGAGCCUGGCACGGCACGGAGCCAAAGAGAGGAUGCGCCUGGGCCGACUCCGCUUUUGCAGCUCGGGCGAGGACCUCGAGCCGGGAAAGUGAGAGCUGAGAGGAGGCUCCGUGGGGCAGAAGAGGAGGGGCCGCUUUCGGGAAGGGCCGUGAGGGGCGCCUCGCUCGCGCUACACCAUUUUCCUUUUUUCACCGAUGUUGCUGUGUUUGUGGGCUUUGAGAACAAAGCACCUGCCUGGAAUAUAGGGAUUUCUCAGCACUUUACUUCUCAGUCCCAACUCCCAGGGCUGCUGUUGGUGCCACAAAAGUCUUUGUAGCCAUCAACCCAAGUGUGGUUUCGAUGGAAAAAUGAAGGUUGCACGUUUUCAAUCACUGCCUAAUGAUGACAAUGAAAUAAUGAUUCCUGUCCUGACUUCCAAAAAAGCAAGUGAAUUACCUGUCAGUGAAGUUGCAAGCAUUCUUCAGGCUGACCUUCAAAAUGGAUUGAAAAACUGUGAAGUCUGUCAUAGGCGGGCUUUCCAUGGAUGGAAUGAAUUUGACAUUGGUGAAGAUGAACCAUUAUGGAAAAAAUACAUUUCUCAGUUCAAAAAUCCCCUUAUUAUGCUUCUCUUGGCUUCUGCUGUCAUCAGUGUUAUAAUGCAUCAGUUUGAUGAUGCCGUCAGUAUCACUGUGGCGAUACUUAUUGUUGUUACAGUUGCCUUUGUUCAGGAAUACCGUUCAGAAAAAUCUCUUGAAGAGCUGAGUAAACUUGUACCUCCAGGAUGCCAUUGUGUUCGAGAAGGCAGAGUGGAGCAUACACUUGCAAGAGACUUGGUUCCAGGUGAUACUGUCUGCUUGUCAGUGGGAGAUAGAGUUCCUGCUGACUUGCGCUUAUUUGAGGCUGUGGAUCUUUCUAUUGAUGAAUCUAGUUUGACAGGUGAGACAACUCCUUGCUCUAAAUGUACAUCUCCUCAACCAGCGGCUACCAAUGGAGAUCUUACUUCAAGGAGCAAUAUUGCUUUCAUGGGAACACUGGUUCGAUGUGGAAAGGCAAAGGGGAUUGUUAUUGGAACUGGAGAAAACUCUGAAUUUGGAGAGGUUUUCAAAAUGAUGCAGGCAGAAGAAGCUCCGAAGACACCCUUGCAAAGGAGCAUGGAUCUCUUAGGGAAACAACUCUCGCUGUAUUCCUUUGGGAUAAUUGGAAUAAUUAUGUUGGUUGGUUGGCUGCAAGGAAAGCAUAUCCUUGAUAUGUUUACGAUUGGCGUGAGCCUGGCUGUAGCUGCAAUCCCUGAAGGACUGCCUAUUGUGGUAACAGUAACGCUGGCUCUUGGUGUGAUGCGAAUGGUCAAGAAACAGGCUAUUGUUAAAAAGCUACCCAUUGUUGAGACAUUAGGCUGCUGCAAUGUGAUUUGUUCAGAUAAAACUGGUACACUGACAAAGAAUGAAAUGACUGUUACCCAUAUAUUUACAGCAGAUGGGCUACAUGCUGAGGUUACUGGAGUGGGCUAUAAUAGGUUUGGAGAAGUUAUGGUUAAUGGUGAUGUUGUUCGUGGAUUUAAUAAGCCAUCUAUUAGCAGAAUUGUUGAGGCUGGGUGUGUGUGCAAUGAUGCUGUAAUUCAAAACAACACUUUAAUGGGGAAACCAACAGAAGGGGCCUUAAUUGCACUUGCUAUGAAGAUGGGUUUGGAUGGAAUACAGCAGGACUACAUAAGAAAAGCAGAAUAUCCUUUCAGUUCUGAGCAAAAAUGGAUGGCUGUUAAGUGUGUACAUAGAACACAACAGGAUAAACCAGAGAUUUGCUUCAUGAAAGGUGCCUAUGAGGAGGUGAUUCGAUAUUGUACAACAUACAAUAGCAAAGGACAUAACUUACCUCUUAGCCAACAACAAAGAGAUCUUUAUCUACAAGAGAAAGCAUCCAUGGGCUCUGCAGGACUUAGAGUCUUGGCCAUAGCAUCUGGUCCUGAGCUUGGACAGCUUUCCUUCCUUGGCCUGGUUGGAAUUAUUGAUCCACCAAGAACUGGUGUAAAAGAAGCUGUGACUGCACUUAUCACGUCAGGAGUAGCAGUAAAAAUGAUUACUGGAGAUUCACAAGAAACUGCUGUAGCUAUUGCUAGUCGCUUGGGGUUAUACUCCAAAAAUUCUCAGUCAAUCUCGGGUGAAGAAAUAGACACACUGGAUAUACAACAGCUUUCACAAAUAGCACCAAAGGUAGCAGUGUUCUACAGAGCCAGCCCCAGACACAAGCUGAAAAUUGUUAAGUCACUUCAAAAUAAUGGUGCAGUAGUUGCUAUGACAGGGGAUGGAGUGAAUGAUGCUGUAGCACUGAAAGCUGCAGAUAUUGGAGUUGCAAUGGGGCAGACUGGCACUGAUGUUUGUAAAGAAGCAGCUGAUAUGAUUCUAGUAGAUGAUGACUUUCAGACAAUAAUGUCUGCCAUUGAAGAGGGUAAAGGAAUUUAUAAUAACAUUAAAAAUUUUGUUAGAUUUCAGCUUAGCACGAGUAUAGCUGCAUUGACAUUAAUCUCAUUGGCCACAUUAAUGAACUUUCCUAAUCCUCUCAAUGCCAUGCAGAUCUUAUGGAUCAAUAUUAUCAUGGACGGACCUCCAGCUCAAAGUCUUGGAGUUGAGCCUGUGGACAAAGAUGUUAUCCGGAAACCCCCAAGAAAUGUCAAGGACAGCAUUUUGACCAGAAAUCUAAUUGUUAAAAUACUAGUUUCAUCUCUUAUUAUUGUAUGUGGAACGCUGUUUGUCUUCUGGAGAGAGCUACGAGACAAUGUCAUAACACCCAGAGAUACAACAAUGACCUUCACUUGCUUUGUGUUUUUUGACAUGUUCAAUGCUUUGAGUUCCAGAUCUCAGACGAAAUCUGUGUUUGAGAUUGGACUCUGCAGCAACAAAAUGUUCUGUUACGCGGUCCUUGGAUCUAUAAUGGGGCAGCUGUUGGUAAUCUACUUCCCUCCUCUUCAGAAGGUUUUUCAGACAGAGAGUCUACAUGUACUAGAUUUGCUGUUUCUCCUGGGCCUUACCUCCUUGGUGUGUAUAGUAGCAGAGAUUAUAAAGAAGGUUGAAAGAAGCAGGGAGAAGACUCAGAAACAUGGCAGAUCAUCAUCUUUAACAUCUUUUCUUGAUGUAUGAUGCACAUUACAUUCUUUGUUUGCAAAACUAGAAACUGUUGUCCUACAUAGGAGGAAGUAAAAUGAGAAGAUAAAGGGCUUUUGACAAGUCCUCCUUUCACUGAUGGAUGAUGAACACUGGUAAUUUUACAGACUGUUUGAUUCUAAACUUCCAUCUGAGGGAGUAAUAAACAAAAUUAUGCAACUUUGGUAAAAAAAUUCUUCAAAGAAAACUUACUUUUCAGACUGAAUGGAACUUUCUAGGUGUAAGAGGUUACUUUCACAAGAAACAAAUGUCAAAAGUCUUGCCCACCUUUUUGCUCUUAAGAGAUAUAUGUGUAUAGAAACAUGUAUUAGAAAAAGAAUUCUAGUUUUUAUUUAAAAAAACUUUUAUGGUGGUGGUGGGACUUUACUAUUAAAUAUUUGAGGCAUUCCAUCUGAUAUAGAGGAGUUGCAAGAGGUGCCAUAUUUCAGUUUCUGUAUUUAUUUACAUUAUCCUGCAAUGUGUACCUUGUGCUACCUUUUUUAUAUCCUAUUUUUGCACAGGAUGUGACCACUGUCAGAUCAUUGUCUUUUCUUUCUUUUUGUGAUUGAAAAGCUUAUACUGCAAUUUUGAAGUAAAUGUUUGCUUUUCUAAAACGUGUGAAUGUGUAUGUCGAUAAUUUUAAAUGAAGCAGAUCACAAAUUGGAAAUUUAUGUGUGAAUGUUUUUUUCCAUUUCUGCAGUGAUCUAGACUUAUUUGAUUAUAACUAACUUUCUGCUUUUCUAAACUGUAAACACUUCACAAUUAAUAGUGAGUGACUAGCUUUAAACCAAAUAUGUUUGUCUUCCUACAUUCAGCAGUAGGAGUCCCAGACAAACUACAUUAUAACAUCAAAUCUUGGCCAAAAGGAACUGAGCUUAAAGUCAUGGUGUUCAUUGUGGCCCUUGGCUUUUCUUUCUACUUUUUAAAAUAAGCCUUUGGAAAGAUCAAGCAUAGCAUUUUUGAGGGGCUCUUAAGAGCCUGACUACACUUGAAGUAUAUUGCUUAAUUUUUCUGGAAAAGUGCUUCUAUUACAAUUUGCCUGUAUGUUACUAAUAUGUGGAGUGUCAUUUGGUAGAAAUGGAUGAACAUCUUGAAAAACAAAGUUUCAAGUAAUUCUUUGGUGUAAGCAAUAUGAGAAAUCUUGAGCAUUCAUUAUAAACUGUGGAUACUGUCUUCCAGUUUCCUUUUACUUGAUGCAAAGGAAUGCUUAUGCUCUGUAUGCACAAAAGGUUUUCCCCUUUAUUGUUACAUCCCCCUGGAUCCAGGAAGACCAGUUGCUGAUCACUGGAGGUCCUCCCAGCAAUAACAGCAUGGUCCACAGGAAGAAGAAACUGGCUCUCGAUGUAUGCAUAUUAUACAGGACUGUAUUUUCUGCUAAAGCACAGUGCUAUUUAGAUGCUACCCUAUUUCAUGUUUAAGAACUAUAGGUUUUAUUUUGUCUUAGUCAUGAUCAGAGGAUAUUGGCAUUUUACAGUUGCACAAAAAUAAAUUUUUGCUGAUUUUCUUAUGAUACGUGUAACAUGCCAUUUGACAGUGCACACUGAAGCAUGUUAAUUAGCCUGAAGGCAGUAUUUUCUGAUACUGGUCUAAUAAAAGUUGGUCCCUUCA